AUGCUCGCAGCAGAACCCCCUUUCUCUCUCGAUGCCCCUUCUUCAGAUGUCACCGAGGAACUGCUCACUACCGCCCACCUAUCCACCCUUGCUAGCCUGCUCGACGAACCUGUAUCAAACCGUCUCCAGAUCUUCUGCUACUUCCUUGCCAGCGACGAAUCACGCACCGAUGCACUGCUAAGCUCAAGCAUCCCGCAACCUCUCGUGCUACUGUGUCUCGUACUGCGCUAUCUUAUCCUCAAAGAGCAGAAACGACUCGGCGAAUCGAGUAGACGCUUCAACUGGUCGCUCAAACAGGUCCACGCCGCCAUCGCCUCGGGUUUCAAAGCAUACACUAUUCACGAAACGCUCAAAGCCGAUUCGACCCUCACACAGCUUCCUGCCGAGCUCAGCUAUCCAGACUCGCUCAGUGUAGAGCCAACAACGCGUGACAUCCACCUCCAGUCGAGUCUUCAGCUCACUCUCCACUCGGCCUAUCAGCUGGCUCAAUCACUGCUCCUCUGUCCCGAACCGUUCAGCGCUCCGCCCAGCGCACUCGUACUCGGCUCCCUCUUUCACACGAUUGCACUCACGACAGACGAGACAACGCUGGAAUCCGUUGCUGCUGCCUCGUCGCCUGUCGAAAAGGAAAUGCUCGAUUGGGUCCUCUACGAUACGCAACAAUCUCUCGCUAUCGAUGUAGAAGCACUCAGAAAGGCCAAACGCGAGCGCAAGAAGGAAGAAAAGAAGCUGCAAACGGCUGCUGCUGAAGCAGAGAAGAAGCGUGCCGCCACUGCCAGGCAGAACACGGCUCGUUCUGGGUUUGGUCUACUCCAGCUCGAUGAUCACAAUGAUGAUGACGACGACGACGAAGACGAAGAGGAAGAGGCUAGCGCAGAAGAAUGA